AUGGAUGCCUGGGGACAGAUCAACUGUCGAAAUUCCGAUCUCUUUCAAAGAGGGUGGGUUUGUGCGGUAACGAGUGGCGUGUCGACUGGCGACGUGAAAAUCGCCAAGGACAGCAACUUCAACGAUGUCUGGCAGAGACGGUGGAGGUGGAGGAAGGGCGAGACGGGAGACGGCAGAGUCCAGGAGAGGCCGACGCAGCUUUAA